UCAUGUAACCGAGUAAAAGCAGCUCAAUCUGUUAAAGACGCCAUUUUUAUCUCCAACCCACCCCUGAGUUGUUCCCCAAAACUCUCACUUUUCGCCCGUUUUCAUCUCAAAAGUCCAUCUCUUUGUACAAACCCUCGCAUUCCGUUUCUGUUUGAUCCAUUUUACCUAUGCUAAGCGAUUGCUGCAUCACCGAAUUAUUCGAAUCUUGGGAUAUCUAGGGUUUUUUUUUUGGCUCCGAUCGGGAGGCGGGCGGGCAUGAAUAAUCCGAUUUUGGGCGGUCCCUUGCUCCCAGGAUCUGUUGCCGGGUUCGACUCCUCCGUCAAUCAGCUCCACCCCCACUUCCGCUCGAUCGCCGCCGCUGCGCCGUCAACCGCCGGCCUGGACCCUGACCACCAGAUAGGCUCGCUCUUCGCCCCCUCCUCUGGGACCACCGCCACUAGCGACGACGAGGACCACUUCCCGGCUCCCGCUGGCGACGAGAAUGACCAUGAGUCCCACUCCUUGCCCGCUUCCGAAGCCGGCGGGAGCAAAAAACGCUUGCCUUGGCAGCGUAUGAAGUGGACUGACGAGAUUGUGCGGCUGCUGAUCUCGGUGGUGGCAUAUGUUGGGGAUCAUGAUGACGGUGCUCUGGAAACCUUUGACGGGUCGUCAGCAGCAAAAAGGAAGCACGGGGCCACGCUCCAGAAGAAGGGCAAGUGGAAGACUGUGUCGAGGUUGAUGCUCGAGAAAGGUUGCUAUGUCUCGCCCCAGCAGUGCGAAGACAAGUUCAAUGAUCUCAACAAGAGAUACAAGCGUCUGAAUGAGAUCCUUGGACGAGGGACGACCUGUCAAGUUGUCGAGAACCCCCUCCUUCUGGAUUCGAUGCACCACAUCUCUCCAAAGGCUAAGGACGAUGUGAGGAAGAUCUUGAGCUCGAAGCACCUUUUUUACCGGGAGAUGUGCGCCUAUCACAAUGGGCAGAAGAUGCUGAAUUGCCAUGAUGUCAAUUUGCAGGUCUGUCCAGUCCCAAAACUCGCCCCUCCCAGUAGUCUUAUGGAGGAUGAAGAGGAAGACGAGGAUGAGGGCAAUGACAUUGGGGAUCAUGAUGAGUGGAGCUAUGAACUGGGGAAAAAGGGCUAUGAGAGCUUCAGGGUUGAGAUAGAUGGAGUACUUCGGGACACAACAAAGUCACCAUGGGAGCAGUGGGAGUGGUUUAAAAGACGUGCAUUGCAGCUCGAAGAAGAGAGGGUGGAUGUUGAGGCUGAGGCAUUGGAACUGGAGAAGCGACACUUCAAGUGGCAGAGGUUCCGGACCAAGAAGGAUUGGGAGCUUGAGAGGUUGAGGCUGGAGAAUGACAGAUUGAGAUUGGAGAACGAGUGCAUGAUAUUACAGGUGAGGCAGAAGGAACUGGAACUGGAUAUCAGAUGGUCUAGAGACCCACUGGAUUCUAGUGGUCGAAGGAUGGAGGCGGAGCAGGUAAGAGAUCCAAUGGAGUUAGUGAUGUUAUAGUAAGAUAUUGUCCUCUUUUUUAACUGUUUGUGUUAGUAGAGAGUGUUGUCUUUUUUAGUUUUGCAUGUUGCCUUUUGUAGUUAGGAAGGUACUAUCUGUAGGUCUUAUUUCCUAUAACUGCUGAAGUAUGCCCGCAAACUGAUUCACUUUUACUGGCUGACCAUGUACUUCAAUUCUUGAGGUGUAGCAAAAAUCCUGUAAAAGUGAGGAUCACCUGCUAUAUGAAUUAUGUACCUUUUGUUGGUUGGAGGCAGGAUAAUAUUUUCGCAUGCUAAGCACGGUGUAACCAGCAUUUAUAUGCAAGGGACAUGAUAUGUAUAGCUUAAUCAUCUGUCGGAUUUAAUUAUCAUAUUGUACUUAUUUUAAAAUGUAGCCUGACUUAAAUAAAAUUCUGAUAUAAAAUCUGCUCUUUGUUCUACCUGCUUAGAUUUUUGCUUUUUGAUAAGAACUGAUUUGAUUAAACAGCUGGUGAUUGUUGUUUUAGUUGCUUUGUUCUGAGCCUUGAAUUGAAUUGCUAAGUACAGACGCUUCCAACACAGCACCCAUGUUUUUGACCACACCAAUAACUAGUAUGUUAGUUCCUUUGUCACUGGAAUUGGAUCAUUUUGAAUAACAAGUGAGAAAGGAAACAGCUGCUCUCAGUCUUUCUGAGUACAUUCAAAUAUAUUUGUUUCAUGGAUCAGACAGGAUGCAGUUUAGUGAAACUUGUGGCAGUGAGUCAUUGUAACAGACCUAAAAUUGGUAAGUCAAUUCUUUCACUCAAAAUGCUUCUCUUAAUGCAAAGAUAAUUUGGUGUCACUAUAUAUAACUUUACUAGGUCUGAGUGAAAUGAAUUGCUGUGAUACUCUGUAAGCAGCAGCAGCAACAGGUCUCCUAAUAUUUAGGUUUCCUGUAUACAUUCUCUAAACCUUUCAGUUUCCACAAAGUAGCAUGUUGCUUUUUCAAAUUGGGUUGUUCAAGCUGAGAAAAUAAUGGAAUUCUAGAGCUUGUUUAACGUCAGUGAAAACAUUGGUGGCAACUCAGAAGCUAAAGAAGAUGGUGUUGGAUAUGGUGCUUUUUAAUUAUUCUGAGUUUAGAUUUUUUGUAAGACCAAGUAGUUGGUGUUUUGGAAAGCUUGAAAAAUUUUAAAUUUUCCGGCAAUUGCCUAUUUUUUGUUAUCUACUUAUCAAUUGAAAAGUGGAAAAGGAACAAUUGUCCUUUUCAAUGAUUGGAGGCUCCAGAAUCCCAACAGUUAUACUUUUUGAGAGCAAAUAAGAAUGACUGUGACCUAGCUGAAGAACCAGUUUGUACUAAAUUAACUCUUGAAUUAAAUGGAUUAUCUAAAUAGCAGAAGUUUAUGGUUUGUCAUUUAAGUCUAAAAUAAUGUACAAAGGCACAAUUAUGCAUAACUAUUUGGAAAUCAUAUAUAUGUACAUAUUACAGGUUGCUUCAAUUGUUUGAAUCACACAGUUUCUGUUAGACCCUCACACUAAUAAUUUAGUUGUACUCAUGGAUGACUGUGACGAGGAUCUAUAAGCAAUACUGUUUGUAGGUUGGCUACAGGAUUUGUAGUAACUUAAGUGGAAACAAGGGAUUAUUUCUUCCUGUAAGCCUUACUAGACAUGAACUUUUUUUUUGGCUGCUUGACCAUUCAAUUUAUGAUGUGGCACAAGGUUUGUCAACAGAAUUAAACAGUACUCGUGCCAUUACUCUUUUCUGGUUGGCUCAUGUAGGAUUAGCAAGUAGUUUGAAAGAUUCAUUUACUGUCAGCGUGAUUAGGUGAUCUUUUUCUCCACAUGCUGCAUCAUUUAGUAGCAAAAGUGACUGCUUCUAGUCCCCCCCCCCCCCCCCCCCCCCAAGAUCAUCAACCCAAAUUGCAGCAGAAUAAUUUUCAUAUUAGUUGACUCAAAUUAUAUAGAUAACUUCCACUCUAGCAACUUGCUGAUGAUCCACUUGAUUUUAUUAUAGCUCAUUCUGUGGAUUGGUUCAGUGCUGUGUGAUUUAUUGAUUUACACUCCUUAUUUGAUUUACACUCAAAGAACCUUCUUGCAUUGCAUCUUGAUAUAGAAAUUUCACUUGUUAGACAUGUUUAUUUUGUUUCAGUUACGAUGUCAAAGCUUGUCUUCAAACAGAGGCCUUGUUUCUAGAAUUUUUCUUUGUUAAAAAAUUAACCAAAAUUUAGCAUUGUUGUUCCUCUUUGUAAUCCUAGUUUAGUCAUGUUUAUCAUAAUCGAGAUUUCUGAUUGUAUGUAAGUUUCUUAUGGGGAAACCAAAGUGUACAAAAGUUGUGUCAAACAUUUCUAUGCACUGUUUCGCUUAAUCGUCAAUAUAUUUAUUAUGUUCCUGGACUUUUAUACAUGAACGGUAUAGCUCAUGAUGCUUGGUUAGGUAUGAGGCAUGGAUUAGUGAGAUGGGCACUUAUUUCUAUGGCCAUGGGUACUCAUGUUAGCAUAUCAAUGACAUUGUUCUGUGCACCACGCUGUUGCACACAUAUUAUCUGAGGAAGCUUGCACUUUCCUCUACAUGCAAAUGCAGUUUGGAAAGAAGCAUCAGCAGACUGACACGUUUCUGAGCUUGAAAUUUAAAUCAAUUAGCUUGAGAAACUUGGUACAACAGCAAUAGCAAAAGAUAUGAGGAAGUGGAAGUUGCCAGGAUGCCAAAACAUUUUGUAUCUUCACAUUUGUGUGGAAUGAGUAGUGAUUUGGUUACGGGUGAUUGAGAUGACAAAAAAUUUUGUAUCUUCACAUUUGUGUCGGAAUGAAUGGUGAUUUGGUUAUGAGUGAUUGAAUUGAAUAUGUAUUUCCUCCAAACCUCUGGCUCAGGUGUUUGGUGUUUGUAAAGAUGGUGAUUGAAUUGUGAGUCAUCCUCGUUCUACAAUGUUAAUCUCUAUUCUGAAGGUUCUUUGUGAA